UUUCACCCGUCGUCGGCUAUAGAUCGUUGCCAGCGAAAGCGGCGAAUACAACCCCCCCACACACACACUGAGCACACGGCCCUCACACACACACAGCCAGAAAUGCUUUGGAAAAUAUUUUUGAAACGAUUCCAAGCCGAGCUGCCCAAAGUCAAUAAAUUGAAAUAUGAACGCGUGAGGUGAAACCAAAAUAAAUCAAGUGAGAUAAUUGAUAAACUGAUUUUGUUUUAAAAAUCGUAACAAAACCGAAAACCUAAAACCCAAAACCAGUUAAAAAACACGAGAAAAAUAUAUGUUUUCCAGUGCAAAAAAGUGCAAAGAAUACAAAAAUAUACAACAAGUUGCCGCAAAUAAAUCAAAUUCAAUUUGUGCAAAUCAAUAAUUAUUCGAAUACAAAAAAUAUAACCCGUGUCGUUGUCGAAAGUGCAAUACAAAAAAUAUAUAGCAUACAUAUAUAUAUAUAUUUAUUACAACCAAUUACAUAUAUUACAUAUAUUGUUAAUCAAAAGUAAUAAAAAACACACAUAUCAAGGCAAAGUGCGGUUGACAAAAUACAACAAAGAAAUAAGAAAUAAUUGCAAAAUACAAAUACAAAACAAAACAAAAAGCUAUACGUAAUAAUUGCCGUCUGUCUGCGUUUGCAUUAAUUUAUUUUUUGCGGUGUAGUUGUAAAAAAUUCGUUGACGCUGCUGCAAGCGAAAAAGUAUCAGAUUCGAACUCGACGAGUUUCUGGAUUUCCGUUUUGGACUGAGACUCUGCGAAGCUCAGCAAAAAAAUCGCUUCAAAAACUCAAAACUCUUUCGGUAGACUGCCAACUCCCGACUCCCGACGAAUACUACGCACAAACCCAUGUUGGAUUAUAAUUUACACCCUUAAAUUUGGGGGCUACAAUGCGGCCAGAAGUAUACGAUGUUACUACAGUUCACGCUGCCCAAUGUCAGGACUAUUUUUAUACUGAUGAUUGUUGUGGUUGCCUUUGCGAUGCAAACAUGCGCCGAGAAAAAAGGCUAUGUUUUAACUCUGAAGGACCACAGCAACCGUGCGAUGCACAUCAAUUCGCACGGCAAAGUGAGCGCCGAGGACAUCUCGCUGGCACAGUUCUUCACAAUGGACAGUGUCGGCGAUGUUAUGGAUUUUAUGGAUUUCAGAAUCACCAUCUAUGCCGGGGAUGUCAACUACUUUCUGUGCUUUCAUCAAGGCAGACUUGUUGGAAAGAGAAACGCCACAAAGGACUGCCACUUCAGGGAGUCAAUGGUUAAUGGCCAUCACCAGUAUACCCAUGCCUACAAUCCAGUGCUGCAUGUUGGCUUCAAGCACAACUUUCGCCCAGUUGGCCCCAAGGAUUUGGCCAAGCCUCAUGUGAUGAAAAAGGCCACCUUCUUUUUCUUUAGCCUUGACGAGGAGAAAUUCCGCAGAUUAUUGCGUCAUCUUAAAAAUCAUACUGAGAAAACCAAGACCAUAAAAACAACAAGAACUACAUCAACAACAUCCACAACAACAACAACAACAAAACCACCCAGUACUACCACAAAAACACCAACCACAACACCAACACCAAUAACCACAACAACAUUGAGCCCAGUGGCGGGCACAAAACGCACGCGUUCAAAAUCGCGUCGCCCAACAAGUAUUAAUAGCGAUAGCAUACCCAGCGAGAGCCGGAGCCAGAGCAAUAGCCUUAAGUCCUACAAUCAAGCCAAUAGCAACAACGACGAAGAUGAAGAUUUGCUGCAGCAGCAGAAGAUCCUGCAGCGGAACCGGAAGCAGCACAGGCUAAAGAAGCAGCAGCAGCAAGAGCGUCGCCACAAGCACCGUCAGCAGGGAUCCCGGCGCACAGUGGGCCUAAUGGCUCAGCCGCAGCCCAAAAAUCUAGAGGUGCGUCAUCAUCACAAGAAUGCCACCAUAAUGGAGCGUCGCCGCCGUCGUCGUUUGGAGCGGCAGCAACACAAGCUGCAGCGUGAGCUUUGGGAGCGGGAGCAGCAAGAGCAUGAGCGGGAGGAGCAUCAUUUGCCCAAGGCCGCCACCUCGUCGGCCUCGAGCUCCUCCUCCUCCUCCUCCUCGACGGCCACAUCGACGGCACUGACAGCCACGGCUGCUUCCUUGGCGCCCAGCGCCUUCAAUUUGGUGGCCAUUGUGGCCGCCAGUCGUCGCAAGCGAGACAGGCGAAAACGCUCGGCAGCGGUGGCCAGCAGCAGCAAGAGUGGUGGAGCCUCCCAGCCACCCCCUGCUGCCGAUAUGCAACUGGUGGAACUACCCUCGCAGCGGCAGCAGCCACAAAACACUGAAUACUCAAAACCCUAUGUUAAUAGUAACUUAAACAACCCACUAAACAGUAGUAAUAGCAUUAAUGUUAAUCAUGCAAUACCUGCCUUGCCAAAAAACUACAACUACUUGUACAGUAACGAGCAUUAUAAUUUGAAUACUAAAAGUAGCACGACUGAUUCUAGUAGUUUAGAGACUAGCACUAAGUUCGAUAGUCCAAAUAGCCAUAGCCAUAGCCAUAGCCAUAGCAAUAGCCAUAGCGAUAGCCAUAGCCACAGCGCGUUCAAUCAGAAUAUUGACAAUAAUCUUAAGCAAUUAAACGAUCGAAUUGAGGAGGUGCCCGAAGCAGGUGAGAGGGAGAUGAAGGUGGAAAUGGAGAUGAAGAUGCAGAUGAAGUUACAGGAGACAGCGAGCGAGGAUGCUGUUGUGGAGAAUCGCAAUCAUAUUGAUGCUAAUAAUAUAAUCGACGAUACGAACGAUGAGGAGCACGAGGAGCUGAUUCUAAAUAAACUUUUUCGUGGCCUACAGGAGUUGCAACAGCAACAGCAACAACAGCAGCAGCAACAACCUAAUAUUGAUAAUCAUAACGAGAAUAUUAAUGUUGUUAACAAUAAUCAGAAUCAUAAUGAUAAUGGGCUGCUGACAAAUAAUAACCAUAAUAGUAAUUACAAUGAGCAAUUUGCGAAUGACGAUGAAAUGAUACGAAUUCAAAAUAAUAAAUAUGAAACACAUAUAGUACAAUACAAACAUGUGGUAUUUAUUUCGAAAAAUUAA